AUGAAGUUCACUUCUGAAUCUCCACCCAUUGCUGCCGCUCGGACAAUUCAAUGUAAAGGUCAGCGAGUUCAGGUUCACCCAUAUAUCAACCUUGUUCCGGCUUGUGAGAUAUAUGAUUUAUACGUAGUGUAUCGCUCCAACCCUUCUCUUUUAAUGGUCUUCAAAAUCGAGUAUCCUAAACUCUCCAACGAAGGGCUUGACGUGAAUAUUUCAAUCAAGUGGCCUGCUGACGACAAUCUUCAACUCCCGAUCUCCAACUUCGCUGCUGGCUUCUGUGUCCCUUCGACAUGCCUCUUCUUCCGUGAUUUCCACUUUGCACGUCAGGCUUUGUUCCGAAUUGCCAAUACACAAAACCUUAAAGUUCUCGCUCUGGAGCAGUACGGUAAAAAGUGCAGCGAACCGGAUGACAUCAAAAAAGGCUUUACGCCCUGUGUCUUCAUGCUUCGCCGAUUCGGACUGGAUACGCAAGCUUUUCACUCCCUCACUCUACUACCAACUUCCUUGGCCCUUGCCAAUAUCGAAAACUAUGGUCUCUCGCACGACCUCCUAAAAAGGAUAAAGGGGAAAUCUCUGAUAGGGGGCGAUAACUGCAUUCGAGUACACCUAACUGCAUGUAUAUCGAGUAACAUCUGGCUAUAUAUCAACAUGAAUGCCUCCGAGAACAUGAAGAAUAUCCUCGCAUUAGGGGCUAGAAUGGCUACUCUUUCGGGUAUCUUUGUGAUAGACUAUGGCGUCGAACCAAAUAAGGAUUCAACAUUCGAGAUAUGUACUACUACUCAAUCGAGAAAACGCGGGUCGGUGUGGUUCAAACGCGUGGUUCCGGAGAAGACGAGACUAGCACAGCAAGUGCCCAAACCAGCAAGAAAUUGGAAUAGGGACGAUAUUGGUCUGCCAACCCAUUUAACAAAUAUGAAAAUAACCUCCCACUCCUGCGAAGAUCUGGGACACUGGGAUGGGCUAAUUAGUGUGUUUCUAAUCCCAAAUCCCCCUCCCCCUAAUUCUGAUAUACGAUUCCAAGGAGACUUCAAAUGGCUUCAAUGCAUUAUAAACCAACAUAGCAGCCUCUAG